AUGAGCCGCUUGCGGCGGGAGGAUGAGCACAAGCUGCGGGAGCUCACGGAGCUCGCCGCGGCGGUGGGCCGGCAGAACCUCCCCGAGGACGACCAGCUGGUCAUGCUGUACCUCGAGGACCGCUACAACAAAUUCCUGGAGGAGGGACUGCGGAAGCUCCGCGGGGAGCGCCACGGCGGCGGCAGCGGCGGCGGUGCAACGGGCCUCAGCAGUCUCUUUCGAAUCAGGACCGUGAAAAGCCCUUCGCGUCGGGCGCACUCUGCGCAGCCGCCGAGCUCGGCGACGAACCCCCACAGCGCAGAAGGUUCUGCAGCCGCAACGGUAAGGACGCCAAGCGGGUGUUCCGAGGCGUCACCACCGCGGCCGCUUGCGGGCAAGCUGUGGACGUGGGUGUUGGACGACCUUGUGGUGGGAGGCGUGCCGCAUGCCGACGCUAGAGAAGACGGAGCGGGUCACAUGCUGGAGCUCUGGCGGCAGUGCCUGGCCCGCGGUGGCAGCAUGCUUGCAGUGGUCUCUUGUCUGGAGGUGGGGGAAUCGAUUCCACCUGGCUUCGCCACGUUGCAGGACUGGGAGCGUUUCCCCGGCGUGGUGGACUACUACUCUGUCCCGUUCAUUGCCCCGGAGAAGCAGGGGAAUCCGCCGGUGGUGAGGAGUGCCGUGCUUGAGGUGUUAUUCACCAUAUGCAAAAGCAUUCACAGCGCGCAGCCGUUUAUGGAUGCCGGACAAGCGGACAAGCAAAAGAAGUUGCUGGACUCCACAGGCUUCUGCUCACUGCUUCGGUUUGGGGGUCGAAAGCAGCGGGCGCUCCUAAAAUUCAAUCAUCAGCCCAUUCUGUAUAUAAUGUGCAAAACAGGACUGACACGGGCGUGGGUGUUCGCCAUGGCGUAUCUUAUGAGCCAAUACGGCAUCGACUACCCGGAGGCGGACCGGCUGCUCUGUCAGUUGCGGCCCUUCCAGCCCAGCCCCGCGCAGGUGGAGAUGGCGUUAAAGUUCUCAACCUGCAUGUUCAAGUCUCGCUCCGCUGAGGGCCGUAGUGAGGAGCGUACAUACCCCAAACUACUGGCGCAAGUACUAUCGCUAUCGCCUUCCUACCGAAGUCGACUUUUGUCUGACCUGGAGCGGCUGACAUAG